ACGUCGCAAGGAUUCUGUUCUCUUACWAGCCGCUUCUCAUUGAAGCAGGCGCGGGACAUAACCGCAAAUUUUAUUGUUUUGAUGUUGUCAGUUACUUAAUCAGAUUACAUUUGAGAYCAAGCGCUGAGCGUCUAGUUAGCCUCCUACAGUAGCUGGCGCCUAUGAGUUCUCUACUGGGACGUUGUAUCCUGCUCAGGCAGCUAAAGCCAGGAUCAGUCUGUAUAACAGCAAAAAGAUUCACUUUCCAUGAAUACGAUAACCGAGGGGGCUACCAGGGGCCUCUGCCCCCAUUUAAAGAUCGAAUGCGAGUCGGACUGGCUGAACUGAAAAAGGAAGUGAAACUUUGGUGCCAGGAGGUUAAGGAAACUUUGGAAGGCGAUGCGAUUAUGAUAGCUGCCACGCCAGGCCAAACGGAUGUGGCUUGGAGGUUCAGGCAGCCACAAUCUCUGGACAACUGGAUAACCACCUGCGAUUCGGAUCACAACGAGGGCUUCAGCCACUGCAGCCUGGAACUAAAUCAGUAUGGGAACGGUGUUUUCAGUGGACGAGUCGAUUUAAAAGUGCCGAAGAGUGGUAAAAUUACGCGCGCUGGGUACUGCAACAUCAAGACGAAAAAUGCACGGAAAUCCUUCAAAAGAGAGAGUUACUUGGACUGGACCUCCUACAACACCUUAAUAAUGAAAGUAAGAGGCGAUGGAAGAACUUACCUAUUGAACAUUGCCACUAGAGGCGUCUUCGAUACGAUGUGGAACGACAUGUACAAUUAUCAACUGUACACUAGAGGAGGCCCCUACUGGCAAGUCGCUAAGAUACCGUUUUCCAAGUUUUUCUUCUCGUCCAAAGGCCGGAUUCAGGACGAACAAUGUGCAUUACCGCUGAACAGGGUGACCUCGUUUGGAAUCUCCGUUCAGGAUCGACAUGGGGGCGAUUUUUGCUUGGAAAUUGAUUAUAUCGGCGUGGAGUACGAUCCGAAGCACGUGGAGGAGUUUGCCUAUGAAAUGUACUCGCUACCAUCCGGCAUUGCUAGGGUAUAAAACGAAAUUGUUUGGUAA